CUCUUCUCCUUUAUUUUUCUGUUUCUAAAUAUACCAUCAUCUUUAUCAUUUCUUCAUCAUCUUUUUGCCUGCAACUUUCAUGGAGGUUUGUCCUGAAAACUCUAAAUGUUUGGAGUUAACCAUAUCCGUACCAGGCUUUUCUUCAUCUCCAUCUCUCCUGCCCUCCAGAGAAGGUAGUGGUCUAAUGAGAGGUUUGGACAUAAACCAAGUACCCUCAGGAGCAGAAGAAGAAUCCAUGGAAGAAGAAGAUGAUAGCCCCAAUGGAGGUCCUCCCAGAAAGAAACUCCGUCUCACAAAGGAACAAUCUCGUCUCCUUGAAGAAAGCUUCAAACAAAACCUCAGCUUGAACCCUAAACAAAAGGAGGAUUUGGCAAUGGAAUUGAAGCUAAAGCCACGGCAAGUUGAGGUCUGGUUUCAAAACCGUAGAGCAAGGAGCAAGCUGAAGCAUACAGAGAUGGAAUGUGCUUAUUUGAAGAGAUGGUAUGGUUCACUGACUGAACAAAACAGGAGGCUACAGAAGGAGGUAGAAGAGCUAAGGGCCAUGAAGGUAGGCCCACCCACCGUGAUAUCGCCGCACAGUCGUGAGCCUCUCCCGGCAUCCACCCUCACCAUGUGCCCUCGGUGCGAGCGUGUUACCACUAAUGUUCCCUUCAAAGACCCCACAAGAACCACAAUCACCACCACCGCGACCAACCACCCAGCCACCUUGUCUGCUAAAGUGCCUAUAUUUCACUCCCGACAUCCUUCAACAGCAUGUUAG